AUGGAAGACCCUCCGUUGGCUUCCCUCUCUUUGACACAUGUCCAUUAUAAUCCCAAUGACCCUAUCGCACACGCUUGUGCCUUCUUGGCCCUUGUGCCCCAGGCCCUCUGUGUUACAUAUGCCACUCUGAUCUGGAGCACGCGUGAGGCUGAGGUUGGCCUCAUGUUUGCUGGUCAAUUGGCCUGUGAAGCCCUGAACUGGCUCCUCAAGCGCACCAUCCGCGAAGAGAGACCUCAUCGCAUGACUGGCAAAGGCUACGGCAUGCCCUCUUCGCACGCUCAAUUCGUUUCCUACUUCGCCGUUUCCGUCACCUUGUUCCUCCUGUUGCGACACAAUCCUCACGCUCCCAACACUUCGACCACCCACAUACCCACCUCGACUUUCGAGAGACUUGCGUUGUCUAUCCUGAUCAUUGCCGGCGCUGCCGCUGUUGCUCAAAGCAGAAUAUACCUCAACUACCACACCGAAAGACAGAUCUUGGUUGGCUGCAUAGUUGGCGCGCUCUUUGCUGUCUUCUGGUAUCUGUUUACAACAUACUUGCGCCGUUCUGGCUGGUUGGAUUGGGUGCUGGACACUUCAAUCGCAAAGUUCUUCAGACUCCGCGACCUGGUCGUCAACGAGGAUCUAGUCGACGCUGGCUGGGAAAGGUGGCAGAAUCGCAGAAGCAAGAGAAGCGAACAGAAAUCUAGAUAG